UCGUUUUCUCUCUCAUCGUUUUCUCAGCACCUAUAUUUACUCAAAAUACUUCUUGCCAUCUCCGCCCCCCAACCCCACCCUACGCUCUCACAGCCUCCCUCCACCAUAUUCUCUCUCCUCUCUCUCUCUCUAUAUAUAUAUAUAUAUGUAUGUAUGUAUAUGUUUAUAUAUAGACAGAGACACAUAUAUACAUAUAUAGUGUCAUAUAGAUCAUAAUCUGUGCAGAGUUGUGAAGAAGAUUAGUUUUAGAGUGAGAAACAUUAUUAGAUGGGUAAUUUUAUGAGAGAGAAAGGAGGAGGAAUGGUGUACAAGUCCCUCCAGGAAAUCGAUUUUGGCCCUCACAGUCAAUACCUUUAUGUCCAUUCUGAUGUUAAAGCUCCUCGAAUGACUGGUCUUCUGGUGAAAGUAUUUGCUUGGGGUCUGGAGGCCCCCAUUUUUGGAGGCAUCCUAUCAUUCUUUUUGAAGAAGAACAAUCUAGUUCACAAGCUUGUCUCGUUCGCAUCAUUGCAAGAAUCGCCACACUUUACCCCAUCGCAUCCAUAUCAAGAAAGUCGCAGCGAAGAUACAAAAUAUCUCGACGCCGAUAUGUCGCCCCCGGAGAAGGUCCAACAGGCAGUGGAUUGUUUAAGCCCCCCGAUUCCUCGAAAUCCUAAUUUCCGGCGCUGGACGAUAAUGGACUACGCCAGGGCGUAUACCUCAGGGGAAACAACUCCGACGAUGGUAGCUCGUCGAUUCAUCGCCUUCUUACAAGAAUCGUCGAGUAAGGAUCUGCAGAUGUCCUUCUUCAUUAACUCCGACGCCGAGGAUAUUUUGAAACAAGCUGCCGAAUCAACUGCGCGCUACAAGCGAGGCGAACCUAUCUCGGUCCUCGAUGGUGUCCCGGUAGCUGUUAAAGAUGAAAUAGACUGCUUGCCAUAUCCGACUACCGGAGGCACGAAAUGGAUGCAUCGAGUACGAAAAUGCACGAACGACGCGUCCUGCGUUAGUCGCCUCCGGUCGUGCGGCGCAAUGAUCGUAGGCAAGACGAAUAUGCAUGAGCUCGGAGGAGGGAUUAGCGGCAUCAAUCCUCAUUACGGGGCUGCUAGAAAUCCGUACAACCGGCGCAAGAUCACCGGAGGUUCUUCGAGUGGCUCCGCUGCUGUGGUCGCCGCGGGAUUGUGUCCCGUCGCGCUUGGUGUCGAUGGAGGAGGAUCGGUUAGACUCCCCGCAGCACUUUGUGGCGUUGUCGGUAUGAAGCCAACUUUCGCAUGCGUGCCACACGACGGAGUUCUUCCCUUAAACUAUACGAUCGGGAUGGUCGGGAUUCUCGCAGCCACAGUCGAGGAUGCGCUCAUCGCCUACGCUGCCAUUGGCGGCGAUGCUUCGUCUCGCCCCUUCGACAAUCCAGUCCCGAAAAUAGGUCUCCCCGAGCUCAAAUCCGCAAACUACUCAUCGUUGAACAUCAAAAUGGCGCGAUACGAAAAGUGGUUCGACGACUGCAGCGACAACAUUAGGACAUGCUGCUCGGAUGCUGUCGCGAAUUUAUGCGAGACAUACGGCUGGAAGACGGUAGAUGUGACGAUACUGGACAUAGAAUCGAUGCGGCUAGCUCACUACGUAACACUUGCGACCGAAUGCAGCAACGCGAUUUCCGGCUACCUCGAUAAGUUUGAUAAAUCGGAGAUGGGAUGGGAUAUCCGAGUAGGCCUUGCGAUGUAUGCUACUUUCGACACCAAUGAGUACCUAAACGCUCAAAAAAUCCGGAAUCGGCAACUUGAAAUCCAUCGGAAGAUAUUUUCCAUGGCAGACGUCAUUGUUACUCCAUCCACCGGAGUGACAGCAUACACAAUCGAGGACGAUGCAGUAGCCACCGGAGAACUCGACUACAUAAACGGAGCGGGGUUAGUACGGUAUAUGAUAGCCGGAAACUUUCUAGGAUUGCCUGCAAUAACGGUUCCGGUGGGAUACGACUCGUCGGGGCUGCCGAUCGGGGUGCAGUUCAUCGGGAAGCCGUGGUCGGAAUCGCUGUUGAUGUACAUUGCAUCGGCUAUGCAGACAUUGUGCUUGUCGGAACAGAAGAAGCCCGAGGUUUUCUACGACAUGCUUGCCGACGACUGAAUAUAUAUACAUAUGUAUAUAUGUGAGUGGAUGUAGUGGCAAUGGCCGAUGAUUUAGAGGAACUAUUGAUUCAUCAAAAUGUUACCAUGGAUUUCAUAUAAUAUCAAAAUUUGAUAUUUUCCGUUACUUUUUCA